UCAAAUUGAACAGACGUUCAAUAUGAAAAGACACUUUUUAGGCUUUGUUAUAGUGGCAUGUGUUUUACUGCCGCACAUCACUUAUCCCCUGGAAGCCCUAGAUGACUUCGAAAUCCCAGAGGAAAUAACCACACUAAGUGAAAGCAAGGAUAUCUUGGGUCCUGUUCAGCUGAGACGCAUUCAAGGAAGGACUCGUCAAGUGCGAACUUUGCCUAGUGAAAAAAACCGGACAGGAAAAAUGAUUGAGAACUAUUGCUGUUUCUGGAUAUACCAGGCCCAUCCUGCCGUUCCUCAAACAUGGAAGCAUAUGGCCGAAUAUCCCUUUGACUUCCAUUUCAAUGGCCAGUUUGUGAAGAAUCAACGCCAUAACGAAAUUGAAGUACCUGAAGGCCAGGAGAUUGCUAAAUAUAUUUGAGCUCAAUUAAAAUUAGAUAGUUUAAG